AUGACAUCAAUUUAUGUUUAUAAAAAUGUCCAUUUUAGAAAAGAAGAAGAAGGAGUGCCAGGAGAGUUUGGUAAGGUGUGCCACAUCAAAAAACAGCGUAGGAAAAGGCAAAAGCUCCUCAUUAUAGAUCUCUUCUUUGACUUCGCAAAGAACACCACGCUUCAUGGUCUUCGGUACAUCACUGAAGUUGGGCUCACCGUUAUUGAGAAAGUGUUUUGGGUCCUCACAUUCCUGGUCAGUGUGAUCCUGUGCUUCAUCCUGAUCGAACGAGUCUGGCACAAGUGGUGGUACAGCCCUGUCAUCGUGUCGUUUAACGAGAAAAUGGUACCUGUUGGAGAGGUACCUUUUCCAUCAAUAACCAUAUGCCCGCAAUGGAAAUGUAAAACGUCAGCCUAUAACUAUACGGACAAAAGGAUUAAAUAUCGCCGAGGCAGACCUAAAAAUAUGAGCGAAAUCGAUGUCGAGACUUAUAACAACGAGAGGAUUUUACUAGAGGAUGCUUAUUUAGUAUGUGAAAAAUUCCAUUGGGAUUUAACGAAACGUACACGAACGAAUACAUCUCUUGUAGAUCAUUUAAUAAGAAUGGCGCCUAAGCUAGAUGAAGCAAUGGCUUCAUGUCGAUGGAGAGGUACUUACAGAUCAUGUAAACGAUACUUCACUGAAGUAUUGACUCGUGAAGGAGUUUGUUUCAACUUCAACGCAUUGUCAUAUAAUGACAUCUUCAAAACCAAAAGUAUUCAACAUGAUUACAAAUACCUGAAUUCUUCAACUCCUCUAAAUAAAUGGGACAUAAUUUCUGGAUAUACGACGAGUGAAAAUGUAACAGAAAAAAAGAAGGAAUACCCACGUCGAGGAAGGGAAAAUGGUGCAAACCCGGAUCUAGAAAUUCUACUCCUUGAAGAUAGCGCAGAUAUCGAUGACUCUUGCAACAGCCUCUCGAAUGGCUGGAAAAUUUAUCUCCAGCACCCGGCAGACCUGCCCCAAUCUUCCUUAUAUUAUUAUGCAGCUAUCGCUAAACAAGUUACUUCUUUAGCCCUCAAGUUUAGUAUUCUCAAUACAUCCGAAAGCUUGAUCAACUACAAACCUGAACAGCGCCAGUGUUACUUCCCCAAGGAUCGGAACCUGAAGUACUUCGCGAUGUACACACCGGAUAACUGUCAACUGGAGUGCCUGUCUUUGUACACUUACGAAAAGUGCAAGUGUGUGUGGUUUCACAUGCCGCACGACAAUGGUUCGGAAAUAUGCACAGCCUCGCAGCAAAUGUGUGUGGAAAGUGCACAAGAUGAGUUAGCAUCGAAUAACCAGAAGUAUGGAAAAUGUAACUGUUUGCCGUCCUGCGACAGUGUUCACUAUGACGCUGAAAUUCUUAAAACAGAAUUUGAUUUACAAAAAUAUAAUAAUUCCCUUAAAAUGAUCUUUAACCGAACUUUACAAGAUAACCGCAGAAUAUCAUAUUACAGAUAUUCCCGUUUGGAAAUUUACUUCAAAGAACCCCGAUUUGUGUCAAUGCGUCGUUCUGAGCUGUUCGGACUGACGGACUUUCUGGCCAACUGCGGCGGGUUACUGGGACUGUUCCUCGGGUUCUCCUUCCUCAGCCUUGUUGAGAUGUUCUACUUCUGUACUCUAAGAUUGUGGUGUACCCUGAAAAAUGACAUGAAAAAUGAAAAGAAGAAGCUAAAGGAAAGCGUGUAUAAGAAAUAGUUAUUCCACAUAGUUAUUUCUAUAUCU